CCCCCGGCCGCUCCCGCCGCCCUGUCCCGGCGCCAUGCAGCCCCCUGCGCUGCUCUGCGCGCUCUGCUGCGGCCUCUUGGCCGCGGCUGCCGGCGCCGGCUACUCGAAGGACCGUUGCAGCUGGAAAGGCAGCGGCCUGACCCAGGAGCCCGGCAGCGUGGGGCAGCUGGCCUUGGCCUGUACGGAGGGCGGGAUCGAGUGGUUGUACCCGGCCGGCGCGCUGCGGCUGACUUUGGGCGGUCCCGACUCCGACGCGCGGCCCCGCAUCGCCUGCCUGCGGCCCGCGCGGCCCUUCGCCGGCGCCCAGGUCUUCGCCGAGCGGGCGGGAGGCUCCCUGGAGCUGCUGCUGGCCGAGGGCCCAGGCCCGGCCGGGGGCCGAUGCGUGCGCUGGGGUCCCCGCGAGGGUCGGGCCCUCUUCCUGCAGGCCACCCCGCACCGCGACAUCAGCCGCCGCGUGGCCUCCUUCCGCUUCGAGCUGCGCGAGGAUGGGCACCCCGAGCUGCCUCCUCAGGCCCACGGUCUGGGCACGGAUGUUGCCUGCAGGCCAUGUAGUGACGCUGAGUUUCUCCUGGCUUCCUGCACCAGCGACUUUGUGAUUCGUGGGACCAUCCAUGGGGUUGCCCACAACACAGAGCUGCAGGAGUCUGUUAUCACCGUCACAGCUGCCCGUGUCCUCCGCCAGACACUGCCACUGUUCCAGGUGGGGGCCUCUGGGGGCCAGGUGCAGGCCUCCAUUCGUACCCCGCUGCGCUGUGGCGUCCGCCCUGGCCCUGGCACCUUCCUCUUCAUGGGCUGGAGCCUCUUUGGUGAGGCCUGGCUUGGCUGUGCACCCCGCUUCCAGGAAUUCAGCCGGGUCUAUGCAGCUGCCCAUGCCAACCACCUCCACCCGUGCGAGGUGACACUGGACUGAGGGGCCCUGAGAGCAGGGCUCUGGGGAAGGGCCUGGAGGAGAGUGGGUGGGGAGGGUGUGGCCUCCAGAGGGCACCACAGUACCAACUGUUUCUGAGGGAAUAGCAAUAGCCAAGAAGAACAUGGAUUUUACUAGUCACCAUAGGUCGGGGUCCCCAUGUCUGAGCCUAGCACUGGGACUGCUCUGAUUCCUGCUUCACACGGGGGUGACUGAGGCUCGGGGACAGGGGUGCCUUGUGUAAAGCCACCCCGCCAGUGAGUGGGACAGUGGCCCAUGCCCGUGCCCUGGGGAGGGGCUGCUGCAGGGUGAGGGGUGUGCAGGGACUCCCCAGCCCCCCACCCCCAACUCCCCCCCCCCCACACACACACACACACGCGCCCCUACAUGAGCUUUGGCUCUAUUGCUCCUGCACCCAACACCAGGUGCUUCUUCAGCUCAGAGUAGGGGUGGGAAAGGGGCCGUAACUCCCAAAGUCUGAGGCGGGUUGUAUCUUUUAUGUGGGCAGAAGGGCCAACAUCACUCCCAGCCUGGGGGGAAAGGGGUUGCAAUCUGGCGGGGCGCCCACUUCCCUCUAGUCCGUUGGGAGCCCAGCAGAGUCAUCCUGGCCCCCUCCCACCCUCAGGGAAGAAUGGGCCCCUGUGUCCGGAGGCCCCUGCACAGAGGCCCUGCAACGUGCUGAGCAUCCUGACAUGGUGCAGAGCCUGUGGGGUGCGGGGUCUCCCCUGCGGGGUCCUGCUUGUUGCCCAUUUCCUGUGGGCGGGGCACAGAACGGGGCCUCUUCGAACAUUUCCCGCCACUGGCCCCAUUGUUGCCGUCCCGCCUUCCCCCUCAGUGUCAGCCACAUAAAGGGCCAGUGGUUCUGGACAAAGCCGGCAGCCCUGAGGCUGAAGACCCCUGGGGUGUGGGGGCUUCUGAACCCUGAAUGAGCUCAUUCUGUUCUCCCCAACUCCACAGCUCCUGGGAAAGAAAGCCACAACUAAGUCCGGAGGGAUGCCUGGGCUCAGCCCUGGAAACAGCUUCCCCUCCCCACCUGCCUACCUUGCUGAGGACGGAGCCAAAGGGGUGGGUGGAGGCCAGGCGUCCUGCCAUCGUUCAGGGAUGAACAGGCUGUGCAAGGGAUAAGGCUACGCAGGGCCCACAUGUAGGACCCGUCCUUCCUCCAGAUGCGGGAGACACUCUGGAGUUUCCUUGGCGUGGCUGUCUUGAAGCGGCCACAUGCAUGGGAGGCAGUCCUUUUACUCACUGUGGGGCUGAAGAGAGUUACAGGGUUGGGGCGCACAGCCCCCCUGGAUGGCAGGCUCCCCUGGGCUUCCUCCCACCUCUGCCCCUCCUCCCCUCCUAAGACUUCUUGUUGCUCCCUGUCACUUCCCCAAGCUCGUGGCUUUAAAUGCUAUCAAUGUGCUGAUGACCCCUACAUUCUGGCCUCUAGCCUGGACCUCUCUGGCAUCCAGGCAGCCCCUUCCCCCCCCCCCCAGGGAGUACCUCAGCAGACACCAGAGGAGGAGGAAGUGAGGGUACCCUGACUGGCUUCCUCCUCUCUGCCUUGGGCAGGCUCCAAGGAGUGCUCCCGCAGGCCUGAUCGGCCCUUUGCCCUGCCCUGAUUCUCUGGCCGGCUCCCCACAGCCUCUCUGGGAAGGAGGCUCCGGCCAUACCCAGUGGUAACUGGACUGCCUCUUGGACCACCCGUCCGCAAAAAUGUGGGGCAGCUGCUCUGGGGUGGGCCCUCAGCUGGACACUGGCCCCUACCCACCUUCCCCAGUACAUGCCUGAGCCUCCCAUGCACAUACUGGCUGCAACAAGCGCUCUUCUCAUAGGUGCACAAAGAGGGGGAAUGGGUGUGGCUAACAGGCCACACGAGCCCUAGAAGUCUUGGGCCAGGGGCUUCAUGCCUGCCCUGGGAGGAGUGGCUGAGGGGAACCCGUGUGGGUGAACAUACAGGCUGACACUAUGGGAGCUGGCCUGCGGGGCACCUCUGGGCGUGUGCACUCACGUGGGCACGCACCCAACUGCCCAGUGCCCAAAGGCCACGGAGCAGUGUGUCAGAUGUGAAUAGAAGAGACUUGUAGGGUGUGUGUGCUAGUUAGGUGCCUGCAUUAAGUCAACAAACUUUUCCUGAGUGCCUUCUGGGUGCCAGGUGCUGCUCUAGGUACUGGGGAUAAUGCAAGGAGCAAGAGACAAGUGUUGUUUGGGUGAGACUCCCCCAGCCUAGAUCCCAGGGUACAUCCGUCCUUGCUGGGGAGGACCCAGUGACAGCCCAAGGAGACAAGGUGCUCUGAGCCAGGUGGCCCUCCUCCCCAGGGCUCAGGUCUUGGGAGCAGGGUACUGGGGUUUCCUGCCAUCCAGGGACACCUGUGUUUCAGGGCUGGGGCCCACUGGGUGAAGCACUCUGCACUUGGGAAAUGGGGACAGAGGUCUUGGGUGAGCCCCGUUUCUGAAGCAGCCUCUGUCCCUGCAGGGGCUCCUGACCAGGGCUGUGGAUGGCUGAGGAGCCAGGCCAGGGCCUGUGUGCAGACAAACCCCUGACAUUCACAGCCAUUUGACCUCCAGGUGGGGUGAGAAGGAGGGCCUGGUUCUGCCACUUGACCCAGGGCUCUGUUCCCCCCACUUUCCUAUCACCAGACAUUAUCGAAUCACCUCCGGGAACUCUCUCUUUUUGUUUUUUACAUUUUCUGGAAAAGGAAGGUGGUCUCCCCAGCUCCUGGGAUUCUUUCUCCAGCCCCCAUGGCUGGGCCAGCCACCCUGGCCCCUUACAUCUGGCUCGCUUCCCACCACACAGCCAACAUCUGUCUUCUCAGGUCUGCACAAUGUCUCCUUUGCAUCACGCUCCUCCUCCCUGCCCCUCGGUUGAGCUCCAACUUCCAACAUCCCCUCUCCGUCAGAUCCCAGCAUCCUCUGUUUCCUGCCCACUUGGGCUAACGGCCUUCAGCUGUGAGAGGUAGCCGGCGCUCCUAGGCUUGGCUGGCUUUUGGGAUGUCCUGAUCAGCAGAGACCUCUGCCAGCCUCCCUGAGACAGAGCUAUAUAGGGCCUUGCUGUGAUCCAGAGUGGCCGGGCCUGGAUGCUGCCUCACCCCCAGGGAGCCCGUUUCCUACUGUCAACGUUAAAAAUAAAAUAGUCAGUUAUUUUACCAGCAAAAAAUGAGUUUAUUUGGGAACGGCAGAGGAAUUGCAAUUUGGGGCUUGCAAACGAUGGUGAACCACAAGCAAGUAGGGAGAACAAAGGAGGGGCUACGUUCUAGAGAAAAAGGAGGGAGUUGGGAGGGAGGGAUGGUUAUAAGCAAAAGUCCAUUGGAGGAGAGUAAGCGUUCAAGGUGUUGGUGGGUUUUUAUUGGCUGAGUGUGGCAGUGUCUCAUUGCCUGGGCUAUUGCUAAGUAAGGAGAGAAUCUUCCUCCUCCUGGAGUACUCAAGUAAGCUCGGAGUAUGAGUUUCAAGGUGCAGUGAGUGGUAAUGCAUGAGAGCUCACCCUGCAAGGCUGCCUGACUGAUUUUAUGA